AUGAAUAACAGAAGGCCCAGUGGACGAGUAGCGAAAUCCGUGGAUAAAUCCACUUUACAAAAGGAAUUAUUAGAAGAACAGAAACAAGAAAUAUACGAGGCGUUCUCACUCUUUGAUAUGAACAAUGAUGGAUAUCUCGACUAUCAUGAAUUCAAAGUCGCUCUAAGGGCAUUGGGUUUUGAACUCAGUAAAGGAGACAUAUUAGAACUUAUCGAUAGGUAUGAUGCAGACGGACGCCGGUUAAUACAAUACGAGGAUUUUUACCUGGUAGUAGGAGAAAAAAUAUUGCAAAGAGACCCAUUGGAUGAAAUUAAACGUGCCUUCAGGCUAUUCGACGAUGAUAACACGGGCAAGAUCUCAUUGAAGAAUUUGAAACGUGUAGCUCACGAACUAGGUGAAAACCUUACAGACGAAGAACUACGUGCCAUGAUUGAUGAGUUUGAUCUUGACGAUGACGGAGAGAUCAAUGAAGAAGAGUUCAUUGCUAUAUGCACUGACAAUUAG